GACUUGCUUCAGACAAUGCAGUACAACUUCAGCACAUGGCUUAUAAAACCUGACCAUAUCAGCGAUAGAAGAGAAGAAAAAUCCACCAUCUGCACUCACAAAAUGGAGAAAAUAAGUCUUUUGAAGGCAGAAGGUUUUCUGAGGAUCUUCUCCUUAUUUCUAGCAAUAUCAUGCGCUUGUCUUGUUGGGUUAGACACUCAAACCAAACAAAUCUUCCUCUCUGUAGAGAGAAAAGCCACUCGCAAAGACGUACCGGCUCUCUCGGUUUUGGUGAUUGUAGAAGCUAUUGCUGCGGGCUACCAUUUCGUUCAGCUAUGCAAGUGUAUGGUUUUUGCUCGGUUUAAGCAAAACCCAAGUGAGAAUCACAACAAUCUGGCAUGGAUUUGUUUCAUUUCCGACCAGACAGUGGCGUAUGUUAGCUUCGCUGCCACCUCAGCAGCAGCACAGGCGUCGAUGCUAGCAGUUACGGGAGCGAGUCAUUUCCAGUGGAUGAAGCUGUGUCCCAUAUACACCCGAUUCUGUGAUAAAAUCGCAGGUGGGCUCAUCUGCGCUCUCCUGGCCACACUACUGACGGUUGCUGUUUCUUCAAUCUCAGCCUUCCAUCUUUUCCGCCGCUACUCCCCAAAGCAAUUCCUCAUCCUUAAAGGAGGGUUAUCCUAGGUUGGCUUUUCUUCAUUCCGCUCAACGACAAAUGGGCUUUCCAUUAGUUGGGUACUGAGUUUUAAAUCACAAGGGCUUUUGCACGCCAAGUGGCUCAUUUGAAAUAAGCCAAACAGGGUCCAAGCUGUUGUUGUACUGGGCCUAGCUUUAGCUUUACAGAAUGGGUGGGACUGGCCCCACUUUGGGAAGAAACAAGAAGCUACGGUACCAAUUGGAAGAAGAACGAGCUAUAAUGCCUACUGCAAGAAGAAGAACAGAAAUCCCUUAAGACUGACAUCUACACGGUAUCGGCUUGAUGGAUGGCUUGGAUCUAAAAAAUCUGUGGCAUGUAAGCUUUACAUGUAGUACAAUAAAGAUGAUAAAUGAAACACAAUUGCAGAGUUUUCCAAUGCAAAAAAAGAGUAUUGAUAGUACAAUCACACCAACUCCGGAGCGGGGUUUUAUACCUGCUUAAACCACAUCUUACUCAAAGCUGGCUUACCA